AUGGGAAAUAAGUAAAUCAAUUUAUUCUCUAAAGAACAAUAAAGUCUCAAUAAAGAAAAGUAGAUCACUUCUUAUUUUCAUUAUAGAUCAAGAGAAAGUUAAUAAGUUGAAGAGAUUUCAAUUUAUGAGGAUAAUGUUUGGGAUUGUUAUAAUUCUCGAUUUUUGAGAACUAAAUUCUAAAUUAGCUUAACUUCUACACAAGAAAUCUAAUAUUCAACAAUUGAAGGAUAAGUUCUUCGAAUGUAAAUGUUUAUACUUUCUCAAAGCGAUUAAAGAAAAGAUAUAUCAAACAAGCCAGAAAUAUUAACUAACCUAGAACAGAUUAAAUACCUAAAUUGGCAAGGAGAAUAUGGAGAGAAUUAUAAGAAGGUUGGCAAAUGGAUUGCAACAUGGAAGGGAGAGAAUUUGGAAGACAUAGGUGGAUGGUACUUAUGA